AUGGUCGUGAACGACUGCGUUUCCAUCCUCUUCUGCCUGACCUUCCUCACCGGGUUCAUGGAGAUUCCUCGCAGCGCGCCGUCGGGACUCCAAGCCGGAGUGGGUCAGGUCAUCAUCGGCGGAUUGAUCUACUUCCUGGUGUUGAUCAUCGUUGAUUCUCUUCUCCUGCAUGGAAUUCGCAAGAAUCACAGGAAACUGAUGAUUCCGUGGAUGGCGGUGGCGGUGCUGCAGCUGAUCGCCGGUCUCGCGAUCGCCAUCAUGGUGUUCCUCGCGGUCGCGGAGGCCGACCGCGGCGUCGGCUACCUCAUCGUCAUGGUCCUCGCCUUCAUCGGGCUCUACUGCGUCGAGAUCCACUUGCUCCACGUCGUCUAUUCCUACUUCAAGGAAAUGGGGAUUCUGGAGGAAUUCGCGCUGGAACGGCACGACGAAGUGGAACUCGGCUCGGCGCAGCUCCAGGCCGCGAAGGAGACCGCGUGA